CCAUUAUUGAUUCUUGCAAUCAACCUUAAAAGAGUCUUUCUUCUCUGGGCCAACGGCCCUGUCCCUCUCCUUGCCUUGUUUCCCCUGCUCUAUCUGAUUCCUUGACCGUCUGGUUCGUUUGUGCUGAGAUGUAGUGUAGUCGGUUUAUACUUUCGAGGGAAUCGUUUGCCGGGAACUUCUAAGAUGAGCAGAAAUUAGCCGGGAAUCUUUCUCGACUUCUUUCCAUUUUUCCUCCGUCGUGCAUUGGCCUGACCACUAGAGAAUCCAGGCCCAAGCCCAGGCCCAGGAAUUUGAUCCCUAACAAUAUUGCAAACAAACAAUAGAUUUGCCACAACCCACAAGUGCAUGAUGGAUUGGAUUUAGUAAUUAACAAAAUUUCAUCACCCAAAUCAAUGAAAGUUGGUGUUGGGUUGCUGUUAGGGAUGGCAACUUUGCCCAUCCAUACUCAUGGGUUUCUUACUAUCCAAUCCAAUUGGGUUGGGUAAGAAAUCCAAAUAGAUGGAUAUUAGUAGAGUUUGAUGAGUUUGUACCCAUACCCAUUUACUUUGGGUUGAGUUGGGUAUAAUUACCCAUGGGUGGGUAAUUUGCCAUCCCUAGUUCUUGUAUAGCACCUAAUUUAUCUAGACACCAAAAGCGAAAACUAUAUUUCUCGUGUUUCGAUACACCACGAAUUACAAAUACAUUGAUUCAUUACGAAUUGCGAUUUACGGAUGGUUGAUCCAAAUAUAAAUUGUUAUUUCUGAUGGUACAUACAAAUGAGUGGCUGAGUUAGUCAAGAGCUACUAUGUACGAACAUCUACAACAUCGGGUGACUUCGUCCCCGACACUCAGAGAUGCCUCCCUGAACACACAAACGGCGUCGCUGGUGAUCGAACUCAGGACCUCUCACAUCCUGAGCCAACUUGACCAACGAUUUCUCCGGGAAUUACAAAUACAUUGAAUCAUUACGAAUUGCGAUUUCGGGAUGGUUGAUCCAAAUAUGAAUUGUUAUUUCUGAUUGUACAUAAAUGAGUGGCUGAGUUAGUCAAGAGCUACUACGUACGAACAUCUACAUGCCUUUUUUUCCUUCUUCUUAUGGUUGUGGGUUUGGUGUGACUGUUUGCGCGCAUAUCCUGUCAAAAAAUCAAAGAUGCCCCGCUGGUGAACCACUCCUACUCUGCAGAUUCAACUCUCUCUCUAUAUAUACGGUAGCGUCUUAAAUAUAUUUUCAAUGGCGUGGUUAGCAAUUUAAUUAUCAGUGUUGCUUCUAAUGAUCAUCCUCAUUCUAUAUAAUCCCGAUCGAAGCUUAUCUUGUUAGUUACAAAAAUCACCCACGUACGUAUAGCAAAUUAAUACAACGCCAACGCCCAUCUUUUUUUUUUUUUUUUUUUUUUUGCAGCCUCUAAUUAAUGUCACCGAAGGCGGAGGAGAAGGUGAUCACUGUGAAGAAAGUGGUCGAGCUGAAGCUGAGCACUGCCGUUUACAGGCUAAACUUACAUUGCAAAGAAUGUGCAAUUACGGUCAAGACGCCUCUUCUCGCCAGACAAGGUGUCCAUAGUGUCAUUGCUGAUGUCGAGAAGGGAGAGCUGAAGGUCAAAGGGGAAAUCGACGUGAAAGAGAUUCACGAAGUGAUUCGAAGAAUUAGUAAGAGAAAAGUUGAGAUUGUAACGUCGGAAACUGACUGCAAGACCGGCAAUGCAGGCAAAAAGGAGGUAGAAAUUGAAGAAACGAAAGAAACAAUUAUACGCACCACGUCAAUCAAGGUUAACCUACACUGCCACAAAUGCCAGAUUGACCUCAAGAAGAAGUUACUCAAGCAUAAAGGGAUUCACACCGUGAAAAUGGAUAUGAAAGCACAAGCAGUGACCAUUCAAGGAACCAUCGAGUCAGAGAAGCUGCUAAGCUACAUGAGGAGAAGAGUACACAAGCACGCAGAGAUUGUAGUCUCGAAGAAGGUUGACAAGAAGAAAGUGGAAGCAAAAUGUGGCGACGACGAAGACGACGAGGAAAAGGAUAUCGUCAAGAUCAAAGUGGACAAGUGCUGUGAUUCUGAUCAGAAGAUCAUUACCACUAAACCUGGCAUCAGAUGUGAGACUGAGACGGUUUGCGUGGAGAAUAAAGAUGGAGGCCUAGGCGUCCCUUAUUUCAUUCACUAUGUCUACGCUCCUCAGCUAUUUAGUGACGAAAACCCCAAUGCUUGUUUAAUCAUGUAGCUCAUCAUAAUUGAUGAUCUAUUUCAAUCAUCGUUUGAAUAUAUGAUUUUUUUUAUUUAUUAUAAUUGUUUAAAUGAGAUAUUGUUGCAAGAUUGGAUAAUUUAAAGUUAGAAAUUCAAACAUCAAGAGUUCGCGGUAGAAAACCAGAAAAAAAGUCUGCAAUUCAAAAAUCAAAAGAAAAAAAAAAUGUCAGUUAUGCAAACUACCGACUCAAUAACAUUGCUACGGGUCGACCUGCAGGUGUGUAGCUAGCGCACCUAUUUCUCUCGUCAGAUCAGGUUCAAUUCUGAUGGUCGAUUCGCAAGUUGACAACCUUUGACUACUUAGAGCUAUGGGUGGUUCCACUCCCGGUGAAAGGAUUCUACGAGGGUACCAUCCGGAUCCACUAGAUGAACCCCAUCCUCCCUAACAAGCCAGCGAACGUCAUGACCGCGAAGGUGGUCGGAUUUCCCAUCAUAUGCGUUGAAAGAAAGUCGCCUAUCUCGCACCGCCAGCCUGCACCAAUAGAGCGUCUUCCCAAAUAUGUUUGGCUCGAAACCCCACUCGAAACGAGAGCCAACGUCAACGAUGUUGGCUCCAAUGUCGUCGUCAUUGGAUCGACAAUGAACUAUCACCUUUCUACCUCUCAACUCGUUUUCAACAGAAACAAUCCUGUGCUGGAUCGAUGGACGUGCCUGCAGAAUCAUUAAGGCCGCAAAAACCACUGCCACUCGCAACAUCGUGACCAAUUUGAUGAAGCAAUACGUCGUCUUUUAAACUCUCUCUCUCUCUCUCUCUCUCUAUACUAUCUCUUAUAGUGCACGUGGAAGCAAUACGCUGUACGGGGAGCAAAAGUGUACGUCUCUUUCCUUCCACGUGCAAAACGCGCAGAGGCGGUUCGUUGGAUGCAUGCAUGGGGUUGGAGUACGUAGAAGAGUCUUAUGGAUCUCUGGCUCUCCAUCUCUCCUAUGUAUGAUUGAUUCUUUAUCCCAUCUUAUAUGUGUUUUUGGAUCGUGUGAGAUAAUAACAAUAGGUUACCAUAUUAGGGUGCAAAAAGUCAUGUAAAUUUUCCAGAUGUGAAAUCCCAAAAUUGCCGGUAACAACUAGGACAGAAGGAAGCAAUUCCUUCAAUUGGACGUAUUCGUAGUUCCCUAGUAGGGCUGGCUAUUUGGUCCGGACUUUUUGGUUUUACCCGAAACCGGACUGUAUAACUCGGAUCGGGAUCGGACUGGGACCGGAUAGCAAAUAAUCCAAUCUCAUAUCCGGGUUUACAUUUGAUGUAAAAAACCGUUUAGGACCGGAUCGAAAACCAGAUGAAGACCGGAUAAGAGACCCCAACACCUAAAACUUAACCAACUCAUCACCCUUUGAGGUCUCAGGCCACUCAAAUCCCCACAAGCUCAAUCUAAAAUCAAGACCCAAUUGGGAUCGGACUGGGUCAAGACCGGACCGGAUCAAUUCUAGAAGUGUAAGUUCAAUUUUUUUUAUUAACAUUUUUUAUGACGUGGAGUGCUGAUUGGACAAAACUAACAGAACUUUGGACCAUUUUUUUAUUACAUUUGACUGUUUUGUUAUAUGCUCAAAUGUUUAUUAUCAAAUCGUGCAAAAAUAAUGGUUUGUGACAAUUUUGUAUAAAGUGUAAAGAGUUUGUGACUGUUUAUGUUAAUUAUCCGUGAAACUUCAAACACACUCAUGUAACAUCAAUAUUGAAAAGUUCAACAAAAAAUUCUAAAUAUAGAAUUAGACGAAGG